AUGUACGAGGACCCGAUGUAUGAGGACCUGCUGGCGCGGGAGCUGCGGAACCAGGCCUACGCGCGCGUCGACGCGCGGAAGCACGCGUCGCCGCGGAGCGCCAGCGCUCGGAGCCCGCUGAGCGACCUGCUCAACGACGACUACGCGGACCAGCUGCGCCGCGCGCGGCGCGCCGCGGAGAUCGAGCAGGAGGCCUACGAGUACGCCGUGCGCGAGGUGCUCGGCGACCGCGGCGGCGCGGACGUGGCGGCCGCGCGCCGCGCCGAGGACGAGGAGUCGCGGCUGCGCGAGGCGAUCGCGGCCCAGGAGGCGGAGAUCCGCGCGGCCGAGGCGGAGAUCCGCCGCCGCCGCGAGGUCGAGAGCGUCGAGCGCGAGAUCGCCGCCCAGGAGGCGGAGAUCCGCGCCGCCGAGGCCGAGCUCCGGCGGCGGGAGGAGGCGGAAAAGCGCGACGACGAAGAGCUCCGGCGAAGGGCGGAGGCGCGGCGGACGCGCGACGACGAAGCGCUCCGGAAGACGACGGAGCCGUCGCUCUACGCCGCGCUCGGCGUCGAGAACGACGCGACGGACGCGGAGCUCAAGAAGGCGUUCCGGCGCCUCUGCCUGAAGCACCACCCGGACAAGGGCGGCGACGCGGCGACGUUCUCGCGGCUCCGGGACGCGUACGGCGUCCUCGGCGACGCGCGGAAGCGCGCGGUCUACGACGCGCGGGGAGACGCCGGGCUCGCGCAGCUCGACGCGGCCUUCGACCAGGCCGAGGCGCCCUCGGCGAAGCCGCCGCCGCGGCUCGCGAGGGCGACGGUGGCGUUCGCGGACGCGCUGGCCGGCGCGAAGCGGUCCGUAGCCGUCGAGCGCCGGGUCCGCUGCGCGACCUGCGCGGGCUCCGGCGCGGCGCUCGAGCGCGCCGUGCCCUGCGACGCCUGCGACGGCGCGGGCGACGUCUUCCUGCGCACGCCCUACGGCGGGGGCCUCCGGCGCGCGACGUGUUCGGAGUGCGACGGCGCGGGCGUCAAGGCGCCGCCCUGCCGCGGCUGCCGCGGCGCGGGCGAGUUCGCGGAGACCGCAACCUGCGACUUCGACGUGCCGCCGGGCGCCGCGACGGGCGACCGCGUCACGGUGAAGGGGGUCGGCGACGUGGGCGCGGCGGGCGUCGCGGGCGACGCCGUCGUCGUCCUCGAAGUCGACGAGGACCCGCUCUACGACCGCCGCGGCAGCGACCUCGUGCUGAAACGGCCCGUCGCCGUCGACCUGCGGGCGGCGCUCGCGGGCCGCGUCGACGUCGCCGUGCCGCGGCCGGGCGCCGCCGGCGGAACGUUGCGCCUCCGGACGCACCCGGGCGUCGUCGUCGCGCCGGGCCGCCACUACGCGGCCGAGGGCCUCGGCCUCCCCUUCAAGGAGAACGCCUACCUCAAGGGGAAGCUCGUCGUCGCCUUCGACGUCGCCUUCCCGGCCGGGCUCGCGGCGAACCGCGCGAGCGUCGUCGACGCGUUGCAGCCGUCGCAGUGGUGCAUGCGGUACGCGUACGCGGACCGGAGCCGCGCCUUCGGCUCGCGGAGGAACGUGACGUAG